AAAACUAAUUAAAAUGAUAGGAUUGAUUGAAGAUAAGUUGGUUGAGGUAUUCAGUCAAAAAUAAACAGAUUAGAUGAUAUUUAUUUUUAUAUUUACUGACAUUUCUCGGCCCAAAGUUCAGGGCUAAGAUCAGAUAAAAACAUGAGAAACUAUAAACUUAUGAAAAAUAAAUAUAGAAAGUAUGAGAAAAAUAAUAGUAAAAGAGAGAAACUUAUGAAUUUUCGACAAAUAUAAAAAUUAAUAUAAUUUCUUUAUUUCUAACUGAACACCCCAACCUACUUCUUCAAUUAUUCAUUACAGUCAACUAUCAUACCAGUAUUAUAAAAUUGGAGGUGCCUGUAUUAUUUUUUUCUGGGGACAUACCCUAUUAUUAACUUAGAUUUUUUAAUAUCAAUAUUAAAUCAGGUCUGUAUCUAUCAGUGUGGGUUGCUUCCUGUGGAUUGACUGACCUCCCCUACCAAGGGAGCCUAUAGCAAGAUGCUGCAUCGAAAUGGCUAUCUGUGACCAGGGCUUCAGACUACUUGACUUAUUAAUUAAAGAAAACUAGAAUUUACUAUUUAAGAAUAUUGGUAUUAAAUAUAUGAAGCUUUCAAAUGUGAAAGGUUAAAUUUAAUAUGAAAUACUCUAAAUCUAUUAAUUGUAUUUGUUUUAUUCCUUUUGAGAGAUUAACUUAUUUUAUAUCAUCUUGAUUCUACUUUUACAAAGACCACAAAGAAAAUAUAUAUCAGGUACUAGAAGAGAUUCUAAUCUGACAGAAAACGCUAAAUUAAAAAAAAAAAAUUUAACUCCAUAUUUUUUCUCUUAAAUAUGAAGGUGAGUAAGAAAUGCAAUGGUAAAAACAAAAUAUUUAAACUGAAAAAUUUAGAAUAAUGUAAUGAAUUAUUAGGUGGGAUGUUGUUAGACAGUGAAAUGACUAAUCCAGAAAUUGAAACCACUUUCACUGAAGGUAGCUUCAAGACACCUUGACCUUGGGACAGAAUACUACUGAUAUACCCCGGGCAGAAGCUCCUUUAUUCAAUCCUAUAACAACUUUUAAUAUUAUAAAAAACUGAAUAAAUAAAAGGUUUUAGGCUUUGUUUAUAACAACAAUUAACCAAUUUUGUAACUUUCUAGACGAUACUACAACUGUCACACAUUGGGUGGGGGUCGCUUGGAUAAAUAAACUCAUGUGUUUGUUGACGUCAUGGUACCACGUGCUAUGCUCCAAGCUCCGCCCCCAAACAGCGGUUUCAAUCCAACCCGGGCUGGAUAGUUGUAAUAUAUCAAAAAUUCAAUAUUAACCUUGAAUAUACAUUCUACAGAUAUUUUUAUAAUGUUUUAAACUGACAUUGCCGAUUAGUGAUAUCAGUCACCUAUCGUGAUAAAGCCGACAAGUGUCAUUGAUAAUUAGAAGUUUGUAAACAGUGCGGUUCGAUACGUUGAUGCAUUAAUAAAAUUUACUUAUGAAUACUUCUUCACCCUUUAAACUCACUCGUAUUGUCAUUCAACCGAGUAAACCAAAACAGGAUAUGAAUGAAAAACCGAACGUAAACAGAUUCCUAGAAUGGUGGUGUUAACUUAUCGAUUUUACACUCAACUUGCAAUCUGACUCGUAGUUCUCAGCUAGAAUCAUCGUAAUGGAUACAGUUCAUUUUCCCCACAUAUCAGCUGAUAUUCUAUAGAUAAUUCUGGAUAAUUGCGAAACGAGGAAGUUUGAUAUUGUCAAACAAAACCAUCUUAGCUCCCACUAUAAUAUGGUAUCUCCACUUUCUUCUGAGAGGAUUCUGAUUCCAUGGAUUCAUAAAAGAUUUAAAAACUUAAAAGUUAGGAGUAUAUACAACCAGAUUAAUUAUUAUGAGAGAAGAAUUGAUAACUAACUGUGAGACUGAGUAACUAAGUGCAAAUAGAGAAAUGGCAGUACCAUUCCAAGAAGUGGCACAUAUCCAUAGGGACACAGCUUCUAUGGUUGGAAAAUCCUUCGCACAACCAGCUCCUCCUGUAGGACCCCCUGGUGCUCCUGCGGGAGGUGGGGCCCCACCAGGUCCUGUUGGAGUCCCUCCGGGAGCAAUUGCUCUAAUUCCACCUCAGCCUCCUCAUCAACCUCCAGAUUUGCCCAUGUUCACCUGUCCACGUAGGCCUAAUCUUGGCCGAGAAGGUCGACCUAUAGUGCUUCGUGCAAAUCACUUCCAAAUAACUAUGCCUCGAGGUUUCGUACAUCAUUAUGAAAUCAGUAUACAACCUGAUAAGUGUCCCCGUAAGGUCAACAGGGAAAUCAUUGAAACCAUGGUCCAUGCUUAUUCCAAAAUUUUUGGAAACCUGAAACCUGUCUUUGAUGGUAGAAGUAAUCUUUAUACUAGAGAUCCACUACCAAUUGGCAAUGAUAGGAUGGAACUUGAGGUCACAUUGCCAGGGGAAGGAAAAGACCGUGUUUUUAGAGUAGCUAUAAAAUGGAUGGCACAAGUUUCAUUAUUUGCUUUGGAAGAAGCACUAGAAGGAAGGACUCGGCAAAUUCCGUAUGAUGCGAUAAUGGCCCUGGAUGUUGUAAUGAGGCACUUGCCCUCAAUGACAUACACCCCAGUGGGAAGGUCUUUCUUUUCAAGUCCCGACGGUUACUACCAUCCUCUUGGAGGUGGUCGUGAAGUAUGGUUUGGAUUCCAUCAGUCCGUCAGGCCUUCUCAAUGGAAGAUGAUGCUUAAUAUUGAUGUGUCAGCCACUGCAUUUUAUAAAGCUCAGCCUGUUAUCGAAUUUAUGUGUGAAGUGUUAGACAUAAGGGAUAUCAAUGAGCAACGAAAACCUUUAACAGAUUCUCAAAGGGUUAAGUUUACUAAAGAAAUAAAAGGAUUAAAAAUUGAAAUUACUCAUUGUGGAACUAUGAGGAGGAAGUACAGAGUCUGCAAUGUUACAAGAAGACCUGCCCAAAUGCAGUCGUUUCCAUUACAGUUGGAGAAUGGGCAGACUGUUGAAUGUACAGUUGCUAAGUAUUUCUUAGAUAAAUAUAAAAUGAAAUUAAGGUAUCCUCAUUUACCUUGUCUUCAAGUUGGUCAGGAGCACAAGCACACAUAUCUACCUCUAGAGGUUUGUAACAUUGUGGCUGGGCAGAGAUGCAUUAAGAAGCUGACUGAUAUGCAGACAUCAACUAUGAUUAAAGCUACCGCCAGGUCAGCGCCUGAUCGGGAAAGAGAGAUUAACAACCUUGUUAGGAGAGCAGAUUUUAAUAACGACGCCUAUGUCCAAGAAUUUGGACUGGCGAUAUCUAACAAUAUGAUGGAAGUUAGAGGUAGGGUUCUGCCACCACCAAAGCUACAAUAUGGCGGGCGGGCACCAAACCUCCCAAGUCAGCUCCAGGAAUACCAAGGCAUGUUGUCUGCAAAACAACAAGCACUUCCCAACCAGGGAGUAUGGGACAUGCGUGGCAAACAAUUUUUCACUGGUGUUGAAAUAAGGGUCUGGGCGAUCGCUUGUUUUGCACCUCAAAGGACAGUUAGAGAAGAUGCUCUCAGAAACUUCACUCAACAAUUGCAAAAAAUUAGUAAUGAUGCUGGAAUGCCAAUAAUAGGCCAACCUUGCUUCUGUAAAUACGCCACUGGUCCAGAUCAGGUAGAGCCUAUGUUUCGUUACCUGAAGUCUUCCUUCCAAGCAUUACAGCUUGUUGUGGUGGUGCUUCCGGGAAAAACUCCAGUUUAUGCUGAAGUGAAGAGGGUUGGAGAUACAGUUUUAGGUAUGGCGACCCAAUGUGUUCAGGCAAAAAAUGUAAAUAAAACUUCCCCACAAACACUCUCCAAUCUUUGCCUUAAAAUCAAUGUUAAGCUUGGAGGCAUUAACAGCAUUCUUGUUCCCAGCAUCAGGCCGAAGGUUUUCAACGAACCUGUAAUAUUUCUCGGAGCUGAUGUUACUCACCCACCUGCUGGAGAUAACAAAAAGCCUUCAAUAGCAGCUGUUGUAGGUUCCAUGGAUGCUCAUCCUAGUCGAUAUGCUGCUACUGUUAGAGUUCAGCAACAUCGUCAAGAAAUAAUUCAGGAAUUAUCCUCCAUGGUCAGAGAACUUUUGAUAAUGUUUUACAAAAGUACCGGUGGCUACAAGCCUCAUAGAAUUAUUCUGUAUCGAGAUGGUGUUUCAGAAGGUCAAUUUUUACAUGUUUUGCAACAUGAGUUGACAGCUAUAAGAGAAGCUUGCAUUAAGUUAGAAGGAGAUUAUAAACCUGGAAUAACUUUUAUUGUAGUCCAAAAGAGACAUCAUACAAGAUUAUUCUGUGCUGACAAGAAAGAACAAAGUGGUAAGUCUGGAAAUAUACCAGCUGGUACCACAGUAGAUGUGGGAAUUACCCAUCCAACUGAAUUCGACUUCUAUCUUUGUAGCCAUCAAGGUAUUCAGGGCACCAGCCGGCCAAGUCAUUAUCAUGUUUUAUGGGAUGACAACCAUUUUGAUUCUGAUGAACUGCAAUGCUUAACUUAUCAGUUGUGCCAUACAUAUGUGAGGUGUACACGUUCAGUAUCUAUACCUGCUCCUGCCUAUUAUGCCCAUCUUGUGGCAUUUAGAGCUAGGUACCAUCUUGUUGAGAAAGAGCAUGACAGCGGUGAGGGUUCUCACCAGUCAGGCUGCAGUGAAGACCGGACACCUGGCGCAAUGGCACGAGCUAUUACCGUUCAUGCAGAUACAAAGAAAGUUAUGUACUUCGCAUAACCUAAGUUGCGAGAAAACUUCCUGCCAUGUGGGAUUCUAGGAACCAGCCAGCUAUUAUUCAAUGGUCUCUUGAAUUGUUUAUCUUCUUUUGAAGAGGUUUUAUCGCUGUGUUGGUCGUCCUAUUUAUUAAGAUUUCUAAUAUUAAGCUAAUUAUUGUAUGAUUAAGGAACCUAUAAAACUAAAAAAACAGUGAUAGUUAUAUUUUCAUAAGAGUCAAAUGAAAACACUGAUUCAUAUUUCUUAAGUCAAAUUUCACUAGUUGGAAGAAAACUAAUGGAGGAAAGCUGCCGUUUAAAGAUAAGUCUUCUUUAGCUGGUGCACAAGUCUAGGCAUGUAAAUAGGUAUAGGGCUGUCAAGAGAGAUAAGCGAAGUAACCUAUAUUAAUUAGUAGAUAAGUUUUAACUUGUUCCAUUUUGCUUGUUUUUUUUUUUUUUAUAUAUUUAUUUUCUAUUUCUCUCUUUAUUUCUCUCUUAAGCCAAGGUAUCCAAGUCAGCUAUUAUUUGAUAUUCUAGCUAGCUAUUAUUCUUUUAAUUUAAGAGGAUGAAUAUACCAAAUGGUUGUGUAGUCAUGUCUCCAGGCGAAGUACUAAAGUCAGCUUUAAGUUAGAACAGGUCUGUGGUGAUUUAGUGUGCUCACUUAGUCGUACUUAAAAAUUUUAAUCUGCGGAAUGAAACAAUGCAAAAGAAUUGUUAUUUUUAAUUUUGUUCAUAUUAAUGUUAUUAAUUUUUUAUUUACAAAGAUGGAUUUGACCUGUACUUGUUAUUUGUUAGAUUUUAACAUUUGAUGAAUUUUUAUUUUAUUUUUCUUUUCUUUUUACUUGAUUAUUUAUUAUUAUGUACACGAUUUUCACAACUUUAAGAAAUGCUGGUAUUAUUUUCUUAAUGAGCUACGAUUCUGUUUUAAAAAUUGUAUUUGCUUAUAUUAUUUAGAAAGCUGUCUUUUUUUAAUUAUUUAAUUUUAUAUAUAUAUAUAUAUAUAUUUUUUUUUUUUUUUUUUUUUUUUGUAAGGUAUUUUUAUGAUCUUAAUUCUAUAAUCUAUUUGUCAUUUGACAACACAAAAUGAAAUAUUUGUUAAUUUGUUUUUUAUUAAAUUUUUAUGAGCUUGUUAUUAUAUAAUGCUCAUGUUAUGUGCUUAUAUAGGAAAGAUAAAAAAUCUCAUUAGUUAGGUUUUCAUAAAGAUUCGGGACCUGCAAUAAAUUACUAAGUUUCAAAGUGACAUUAACUUAACCCUUUAAGGUCAAUUAUAAACAACAGACUAUUUAUUACUAUUUAUAUCUAUGGUUUGUACACUGAGAGGGGGAAAAAAAUGAUAUUUAUUUUUUGUCCUACGAUUCAUGGUUAAUUAGUGAUCAUAUGUUAUUCAUAUGGAUUAAACAUUUCUAUUUUUAUAUAUGAAUCUGAAUUAUAGCAGAAGAUAUUUCAUCCUCUUGCGUUUAUUAUAGCUUAGAUUUAAUGUUGCUAUGGGUGUGUGUAAGUUCAUGUCUGUGUGUGUGUGUGUUCCAUUAGCCUGAAAGGGUUAUGAAUAAAAUUCUUAGUUAUAUUUUCAUAUUCUUCUAUAAAAGCAACCCUUUAUUUUCCUAGGGAUUCCAGUAAAAUUAGGUGCAUCUUUAUUCUUCUCCAAAACAUCCAGUUAAUGGCUGAUUGAUAAUUAUAAUUAAUUGAUAGGGUUUAGAAGUUGGCUGAUGCAAAUUUUUUACGAUGUUUUCCGCUCCUAUGGUUAGACUCAACUAAAUUUCAAGAAUGAAUCAACUUUUUUUUUCCCUCUUAGUCUACUUAGGUCAUUUGUAUUAUCAUUUUAUAAACCAGACUCACCUCAAUUGUUAAGGUAGAAUCAAUUGAAGUCAACUACUAUUCACAUAAAUAUUUCCAUUGUUUAAAAUGUAUUUAUUUUAUUUAUGUAUAAAUACAGAUUUAUCUAUUGAAUAAUUUGUAUACUCAUCUUAUUAUGUACUAAGUAUUUAUAUAUGAUUAUUAGUUUAAAUUUACUAGUAUAACCUGAAGAAAAAAAUGUUGAUUUAAUUAAUUUUUAUUUUCAUUAAUUUAAUUUUUUAAAUAUUUAACUGACUUCAAUUAUUGUACUUCCAUUGUAUUUUAAAAGCACCAAAAGCCAGUCUCAAAUUAAGCCAUAACAUUUCAAUAUGUAUAAUGCACAAAUGCAGACUUAAAAGAUAUCUGUAGGAUUAAUUAAUUAUAAUAGGAGACAACUAUUUUAUGAGAGAUUGUAUCUUCAAUGUGCCACUGUAUUUGAUCAGUACAUUCCUUAAUAAGUCGUUCUAAAAGUAAUUUUUUUAUCAUAUUCUAAAAUUUAUUCAAAAAACCUUUACUAUUUAAGGUUACAAAAUUUGUUGGGCUGUUUCUAUGGAUACACCAAAUAUACUUUAUAAGAAGCAUUUAAAAUGCGACUAUAGUUAAGAAUGUUAUAUAUAUAUUAAUAAUCUAUUGUACCUUAUUUAUAUUAAUCAUAUAUAUUUUAUUUAAUGAUGAUGCCGAGGACUAUUGCUUAAAACGAGUUGCAAUUGACAAAGGGGAAACAACCGAGACCUAAUCUUAGUUUAUAGUAAAAAUAUGAUUCGAGGUAUAGUCUAUAUUAAAUUAUAGGGAAUUAGCAAUUUAAUUAUUUGCCCCAUUGACAUUGAAUAUUCGGAAAAUUUUAUUAUAAAAGUGUAGCUCUAUAUUAAAUUAGAAUAGUGAUUUUGAAAACUAUAUCCAAUAUACCCUGUGUAUCUGUGCCUUGGGACGUGGAUUAACUGUCUAUAAUUUAUUUCUAUGCUGUUAUAUAUCUGAUAUGUUAUAAAAUUGUCUCUCGUAUCUCAAUAAUCCAAAAAUGAGCUUGUCCAAUCAAAUCGAACAUUAAUAUGGUAAUAUUUUAAGAUUAAUUUUUUUGUGGGUAUGUUAGCAUGUUUUAUUAGCAGAGCCUGAAUAUUUAUGAAUUAUAUCAUAAAUUUACAAUCGAAAAUCUAAAUUUUGAAAUGAUGUAGCCCAUAUGUCCAGUUAGUUUUUGUUUAAUAUUAGUUAAGAAAGCAUUAAUUAAAUUUAAACAUAAAUCUUUUCUCCAAUUGUUAUAAAUAAUGAGUUUUCAAAAGUAUGGAAGAAAAUAAGAUAAAACCAGUGUAAUCCGUAAUGGAAAUUAAAAAUAAUUAAGUUUCUUUUUUUUUUUUUUUUUUUACUAUUCCAAACUCAAAAAAACUUAAUUAAUUUAAAAACUUAAAUUAAAAACAAAACUUAAAUGAGAAAUGAAGACUUUUCUUAAUUUUUAAAAAACAAUAAAAAAUAAAAUUAUGCAUGUUAAUAAUUUUUGAAAAUUAAUCAAUAGGAACAGAUUUGGAAUUUUUUUGAAUAGUUAUGCAAUAAAAUUAAUACCUAAACACAUUUAAUAUACUAAUUUUCAUAUUUUGUUUGUUCAAAUUACUAAGUUUUAGCUUUUUUUUCUCUCUAAAAGUAUUUGAGAUCUUUUAACAUCAAUUGAUGUGGCAUACCACUGAAUACAAUCUGUGAGAAAUUUCUUAUGUGCUUUAAAUUUGUUGACUAGCUUUUAUUUUUUUGUCUUUGUAAAUGAAGCCAUACUCAGAUAAAAAACAUUUUCUUAUUUAAAAAAAAUACAGUUUUUAUCAAAUACUUAUCUUCUAAAAAUACCUAUUACGUUGAUUUAAAAAAAAAAAAAAAGUAAACAUCUAUGUAUGUUUUACAUAAAUAUCUGGCUUUUGAUAAUAAAACAGGCUUUAGUUUUAUGUGACAUGUUUUAUUAGUAUAUGCAAAUAAGAUGUUAUUAGUUAUUAAAACUAAAUGAAUCUAUCCAUUUUGUUUAUUGUUGUUAUAAAGCACAGUAUAGCAAUAUAGAUUAAUUUAUUUUUAAAAAUCUAUUGGACUGUAUAUGUGGUGGUAUUACUUAUUCAUAUUAUUUCAACUUAUGAAUUAAGAACAUGAUUAGAUGGCCACAUUUAGUUUUAAGUUGAUUGAAGUAAUUAUUUAGAAGAGAUAGCCUUCCUUUCAUUUCAUGGGCCUUCCUUUCCGAUUAGUUGGUAUUAAGUGUAGUCGAUAGAUUUAUUUAUAGUUAAAAGGCACUACUGCUAGGACUAUUAUAGUUAAAUGAUACAGUACACUCUCACUAAUCUGAUGCAGAUGUGGUAGCUUCAGAUUGAGUCAAGUGUUAGAUUAUUAUUAAAACUAAUCAGUUGUAUAAUUAGAAAUUCUUAAUGACAAAAAAAAAUGUUACACCUCAAUCUUGCCUACCAUUUUCUGAAAAUUAAGGACUGUUGCCGGGACCGAUAACAGAGGGAGUACUGUACUGUUACUAUAAGUAUCUUAUAAAAUCAUUUUAUAUGCUUACCUCCUAUAUGACUGAUUCACCUCUUAACACAUUUCUGUUAUGCUUCUUUAGGAGGUUAUAUUCAAAGGAUAGUUUGAUUAUUUUUUAUUCCAGAGUAUUUAAAAAGAUCUCACUAUUUUAGCACUCCUUUCAUAAUUUGUUUACUCAAAUCGUUGUCUACUUUUUACAUAUAUCAAAAGCUGUUCUCAUUUUUAAUAACAAUAUUGUAUAUUAAAAUUUUGUCUUGUAUGUACUUGAAAAAUUUUGUGUACUUUUUUUUUCCAAAACUUUAUAGUGGAUCUUUUUUAUUGAAUCUUAAUAUAUAUUUAAAUCAUUAUCUUUGAAAGAAUAGAAAUAUAAUUGCAAAAGAGGUUUGUAAAGAACAAAGUCAAUAUUCUAUAUAUAUAUAUAAAUUUUACUCUACUAAAUCUUGAUAUCAACAUAAAAAAAAUCCAUAUUCUUAUGUAAUUAAUUUUUAGAUUAGAAACUUAUUAAAGGUUUGAUAUAUGUAUAUGACUUUCGGUAGGCAGAAAUUUUGUAUUGUGUUUGUUUUGGUGAACUGAUAGUUAAAAAUUGAUGUAAGUAGGUUCUGCCAUAUGUUACUUAUUUGAAAGGAAGUUGACUUAUAAGCUUUUAAGGAAUGAAGUAUGGCUGGCCUAUUUAUACACUCCAGAUUAUGCUGAAUAAUUGCUAUUUUUCAAUAACUACAAAGAAAUACUUUGAAAAGUUGAUUACUUUAAAUUACCUUAAUGUUUUUUUUUUUAAAUUAACGUGUGUAAUAAUCAGGGAAUGGCUUUAUGGUAGUAUCAGUACCAUGGUUAGGUUGAGUUAGUUGUUUUAAGACUUUAAUGUGUAGUUGCAUCAUGGUUGUCAGAUAAUCAGGGUUCCUUUUUUAGUACCUCUCGAAUGAGAAAGAAUAGUCAAGUUUUAGUAGAGUGUCACUUAUUUAUGAAGUAGUUAUAAAUUAUUGAUAAAUAUUUUCUCAGAUGAUCCCACGUUACUUUAAAUAUAUUCAUUCAUUUGUUUAUUCAUCUAAGCUGUGUGCGUAUUUGUACUUUAGACAUACAUGGAUCUAUCUGUUUAGGAUAGUCUUGAGCUGACAUUUGAUACAUGAUUAAUAUUUUAUUAAAUAUAACUAACGUCAAACAAACCGAAUAAAAUUUACUGAGUAAUAUAUGUAAGGCAAUUUGUAAUCAGUAUUUUUUUUAAAUAAUCGAAAUGAAUGUCCAAUUUUUAAAACAAAAAGAUGAAUUAUUAGAAUUUAAAUAUGAUUAUUUCAGUUGAAAAUAUAUUUCUAAAUCGUUUUUAAAAUGACAUAUUUUUUUUAGUGUUGCAUUUCUUGUAAUUAUCAAUGUGAAUAUGUAAUUAAGAAUAAAUAAAAUUGCAGGCUAAAU